GGAGCAACAGUUCGUAAUGAAAUGGACAGCGUUGUGAUCAGCCGCAUCGUUCGAGGAGGAGCAGCCGAACGCAGCGGACUUUUAUCAGAAGGAGACGAAAUCCUGGAGAUCAACAAUGUGGAGAUCAGAGGGAAAGACGUCAACCAAGUCUUCGACAUUUUAGCGGACAUGCACGGCCUCCUGACCUUUGUGUUAAUUCCCAGCAAUCAGAGCAAACCUCCUGUCAAAGAGACGGUGGUCCACGUGAAGGCCCACUUCGACUACGACCCCUCCGAUGACCCYUACGUGCCGUGCAGAGAGCUGGGCUUAUCUUUCCAGAAAGGAGACAUUCUCCACAUCUUCAGUCAGACGGACCCGAACUGGUGGCAGGCGUACCGGGACGGAGACGAAGACAACCAGCCGCUAGCCGGACUUGUCCCUGGGAAAAGCUUCCAGCAGCAGAGAGAGGCCAUGAAACAAACCAUCGAAGAAGAAAAGGAGCCUGAAAAGUCCGGGAAGCUUUGGUGCGCGAAGAAGAACAAGAGGAAGAGGAAGAAGUUACUGUACAACUCUCACAGGGGUGAUGAUCUCGAUGAGGAAAUUCUCACCUACGAGGAGAUGGCUCUGUAUCACCAGCCGGCCAACAGGAAGCGUCCCAUCGCUCUGAUUGGUCCACCCGGCUGUGGGCAGGCGGAGCUUAGACAGAGACUCCUUAACAACCAACCGGAACGCUAUGCUGGAGCUGUGUCUCACACCACGAGGAGUCGCAGAGACGGUGAAGUCAACGGCCGAGAUUAUCAUUUUGUCACCCGUCAGGUUUUCGAGGCGGAGCUGGCAUCUGGGAAGCUAAUCGAGUUCAGAGAGUCUGAGAGGAACCUGUACGGAACCAGCACGGACUCCGUCAGGCAGGUCAUCAACACUGGGAAAAUCUGCGUGCUCUGUCUGCACACGCAGGCUCUGAAGGUUCUGAGGUGCCCUGACCUGAAGCCGUACAUCAUCUUCAUCGCUCCUCCUUCCCAGGAACGACUAAGAGCUCUGCUGGCGAAAGACAACAAGAACCCCAAGCCCGAGGAACUGCGGGACAUCAUCGAGAAGGCACGGGAGAUGGAGCAGAGCUGCGGCCACCUGUUCGACGCCAUCAUCGUCAACCAGGACCAGGACAAGGCUUACAGUGAGCUGCUGCGACUCAUCAACAAACUGGACACUGAGCCUCAGUGGGUGCCCUGCUCCUGGCUGCGCUGAGACACACAACUCACCUGGAAAACACACACAAACACACACACACACACACAAACCACGGGGCGCACAUUUCUGCAGACCUGAUGAACUGGAUAAUAAAGAACGUGCGUAGGUUUUACACUGAUGAGGCUCACGUUAGGCCCGACGUCACGACAAAGAUCUGUAGAGUUUGAAGUAUGAAGGUAAAAUAUUGCACUAGAAGUCCUAAAAUCCCAACAUUACSUUGUCAUUUUACAAAAAAGCCCAAGACACAAACCUGUAAGUUGUAAUAUAGUUGUUUGAAGAUGGGGGAAAUAUUCUAAAUGAAUCUGUAAAAUCAAAAAUCAUGAUAUGAAGUUAAAAUUUUACACAAAUCAAAACAUAAAAAAUGAUGUGAAAAUAUUAGAUUUCUCAGGUAAAAACAGACGAACAAGCCUGUAUAUUUAAAGGAUGGAAUCAAGGUUUUUUUAAUGGUUUGAGACGUGGAAGAAAUGGAAAAUUAGGAAAACGCUACAUUUUCCAGAUGUUUCAGAUUCAUCCGCUGCCUUUAAUCACUUUGAGUCACGUUUGGUUUGAUUUCAGCGUCUUAAAUCUUUCAAAAGACUCUUAAAGCUGACAAACUGUUUAAAAAUAAAACUUUAUUUCGAUAAAGUAACAUGUCCGGACUCAAAGUGCCAUUUGAAGAAACCGAAAAUGUGCUUUUAUUUUUGAGUAAAACAAUAAAUUAUGCCUUAAAGCAUUCAUUUUAUUUAAAAUCAUUCAACUUUUGUUUUAAUCCUGUAUAGUUARUGUGACGUCUUUCUGAUUUUAUGUCUUUUGUUAAAUAGUUGAAGCAUAUCAAACCUGAACCUUCAAUCACACAAUUACAUUUCACCUCCUUCAUUCUCAGUCUGUUUUUGUUUUAUUUUUUUUUUAUUCUAAAAGAUCAUAAUCACUACAUUUAUACAAACAAAUGCCUUAAAUUCCCUCAGAUUUGGGUCUAAUUUUUAUAGCAGCAUCCCUGAUCUUGUUCAUGUUGUGGAAACAAAAUAUAAAAUCAAUGUAUUUGUGAAGCUGCCAUUAUCUCAAACCCCUUUUUGACCGACCCAGACCAAGUUCUGGUUCCAGUCRAGACCUGUUACCAGUUUGUUUUAACAUUAGGCCUCUGUAAAUGUCGAACAGUGACCGUUGUGCUCUGAGGUUCUUUUUCCUGAAGCUCCUGGUUUGAGUUUUCCGUGGUUCUGAUUCAUCAGACAGUGAUGAUGAUGAUGAUGAUGAUGAUGAUGAUGUUGAUGAUGAUGCAUCGAGAUAUUUGUGAAUAGCACCCAACGCAGAGCAAACACUAGGAACAGGCUAACUCACGAUAUUUGAUACACCAGACAGAAAAUGUGUUAUAAUCAGAGAAAUCYUGAUAUUUGAUACGCYAUAAUAUCACGAUACAGGAAAUCUGUGAUAACUGUGCUGCCAUGUUACGUUUUGUGUCACGUGUUUCGCUCCCCUACAAGGAGCCAAGACGUAGCGAUGACACCCCAUUAUAAUAAUUACAGUAUCGAUACGCGUGAUGGAAAUCACAGGGAGGAAUCGUGAUAUUUGACAUGCGAUAAUAUCACGAUACAGGAAUUCUGUGAUAAUUUUAGGUGGUGAGCUUUUUCCGCUGCCUGUGUGUGUUUAGCUUCCUUACAAGGAGCAGAAGUUUAUUUUAAAAGCCUUAUCUUAAUCGUUGGAGCAUCAGUAGAGGUGGAUAAUCCACGAUACUUGAUACGCGAUAAUAUCACGAUACAGGAAUUCUGUGAUAUUUGUAACGAGAACAUUUUUUUGCUGCCAUGUUACGUGUUUUGUGUCCCCUACAAGGAGCCAGAAAAAUGAUUUAAAAUACCUUAAUAUAUUAGAAUUAGAAAAUCAGRAGAGGUGGUGGACACCAGAGGGUAACACCAUAUUUGAUAUGUGAUGAUAUCACGAUACAGGAAUUCUGUGAUUUAUAAUUGUGAGGYAAAAAAACAAUUCUUGUCAUGUUUUGUUUCAUUUAAAGUUUCUAGCUUCUCAAUAAGGAGCUGAAAAGUAACUCUGAGCUUGGAAAUUGAUUUAAAAUGCCUUAUUAUAUUUGAAAAUUGAUUAAAGUAAUUGAAAAUCAAAUCCCUGAUAUUUGAGAUGGUAAUAAUUAACAUAAAACUCUAAAAGUCACAAUUUGGGGGUUUUCUCUGUCUUUUAAAUCUGUCUUUAGUUUUCAGUAAAAUACCUUUGUGUUUUACUUCCUUUUGGACCGCAGCCUCUAGCGCCACCUGCUUGCUACAGAACCAGGUUGCUCUUUAAAUCAGCAAUGAUUGUUUUAAAUUAAAAACCUGCAUGGAAAGAUGUUCAGUCUGGUUCGUUUUGCUGGUGCUGGCUCCGAGUUUGUUUGAAAUACAUCGAAAGGUCGAGCACUGGUUCAGGGUCUGGCUUUGAAACCAAAACUGGAGGUCGGAAAGGGGUGACAUUCUGAAAAUAUAAGAUACUCAGAUUUAAAGCAGUGAUCGACUGGCUGUCAGAAAAACACUAAAACUGAACACGGAGCACUUCUUGUCCUUCUGAACACAUUUGUAGACCUCAGAGCCUUGCAGGCUGAAGGAGGAGAAAAAAAAGUACUUUUGUUGUUGCUUUUAAUCAGCUGUAUUGCUGAAAUUUAGUGAGUGUGUGUUGGUGUGUAUGUGUGUGAAUGUUCGCCUGUCACUGAUUAACAGUGAAGUAUUAUUCUGACGUGAAGUAGACCUGACACCACUGUGUAGAGCCUUUAUAUAUUUGUAAUAUUGAUUAUAGAUUUCUAAAGUUUGGAAAGCACCAAUAGAACUGCAGCUUUCACUCCUAACCUCCCUGCUUUUUGGUCCGGAGGGACGAGGGAGUCGGGGCUAAGCGGAACUCACUGUAUUGAAUGUAAACUCCUUCCAUUGACGCCACUUGUUUUUGUUUUGAUAUUCACAAUAAAUAAAUAAAUAAAUAAAUAGAUGUUUGAUUAGAAAAUUA